AUGAGAGAACUCUCAACAGAUUUGGGUGUCGACGAUAAUUUGUUAAGAAUGUUGUUCGUUAAGCGACUUCCACCAAAAAUUCAACCGAUUUUAGCGUGCCAUGAGGGGACAAUUGAGAAGCUUGCAGAGAUGGCAGAUACGAUCACCGAUUGCUCCAACGGUCAGCUUUCUGCAGCAGAGAUAGUCCGCGACGAGCAAGUAUCCAGCAACAAUAGCAAGCUGGUCGAGCAAAUCGACCUUCUUACAGCAGAAAUUCGUCGGCUAAAAGCUCCCGGUCCUACACGAAGCAGAUCCUUCUCACGAAACAGAAAUGUUUCGCGCUCGCCAUCACGGCCUGGUAUUUGCUGGUAUCAUCGAAAUUAUGGUAACGACGCACGACAGUGCCGUGAACCGUGCUCUUGGAAUUCAAAAAACUAA